AUGGUCCCCGGGGCGGCCAACGCCGCCCCCCAGAUCAAGUCCGUGGUGCCCGUGGAGUCGCUGUCCACCAUCCAGGCGCGCGGCAUGAGGGGGCUGAUGGAGAGCAGGGCGGCCGCGGAGCUCAGCAAGGUGUUGACGGCCGACGACGCGGCCAUGUGCCUGGGCUUGGUCGUAAACGACGCGGGGACAUACGACGUCGCCACGAAAACGGGCGGCCUGGACGGAUCCAUCGUGCUAGAGGAAGAGUUGAGUCGUCCAGAGAACAAGGUAUUCAAGCCCAUCGUCGCAAAGCUCACCACAGCAAAGAAGGCAAUAGACGAGGAAUCGAUAAAGGCGGAGCAGGGUCCCAUCAGCUGGGCAGACCUUCUGGUCCUUGCUGCAAAGACGAGCAUCCAGAUGUCAUGGAGGCAAAUCAAGCUGGGGAAGGCAAAGGACGAAGCAUCUGCGGGCAUCUUGACAAGCGCUUACGGGACAAACUGGAGCGUGCGGAUCGGAAGGGUAGACUCCAUGACCCCAGCACCUGCUGGGCGGCUACUGUCUCCCGAUCCCAGUGCAGAGGAAGUUCAGAGCUUCUUCAACGCACUGGGUAACAAGAACGUGGGCGAGAGUGGCCCUUUCACACCCAAGGGCCCAUUCUCAGAGAAAUACUCAUUCCUAAUCUGGACGGCCGCGCAGCCAGAUCCAGAGAAGGCCGAGGAGAAGCUCGCCACACUGCCUGUCUACGCAGAAUGGAAGAAAGAUUUCGACAGGAGCAGGAAGACGGUCACAAGAAAUGACUACGAGGUAGACUUCGUGGAAACUUUCGACAAGUUAGUAAACCUGGGUUCCACGUUCGACAACCUCGCUUACCUGAAGCCCAUCGAGGUGAACAUGAAGAUUUGA